CAGGCGAUCAUUCUCAUUUGCGCAAGGACAUAUUGUUUAAUUCUUCUGCUCUGCAUGCACAAAUAUAUUUACCUGUCGUGCGCAUCACAAUUAUAUAUAGUAUGUAAAACUAUGUUCGAAAUCGAACUAGUGGCGGGUUCGUGCAUGAUGUUUACAGUGGUUCCCCUCCACUGCACUUACUCAGCUGCAAAGCAAUAUAGUAGACGAUAAUAAUGUGAAAUCGUGUGCAAACGUGUGUGCAGUGUGCCAUCGUUGAUCGUGCAAGCUUCGAAAAUUCAAUUGUACACGCACGGUAUACCUUAACCUUAGAGCGAUUUUUUUCUAUCAAUUCAAAAAUAAUACAAGUGCUCCGAAAAAAUCAUAAGUAAUUUACUGAUAUAACAUGUCAUCGAGUGGCGUACUCGCGAUUAUAGUCUGUGCCUUGUGAAAUAUCAAUGCGUGAAACAGCUGACUUGUUAUUUCGCUCAGUUCGGUUUGAAUGAAAAUGAUUAUGACGACAAAGUCGUUAAUUGGGAGAAGAUUCAUCUUUUUGUUGAGAUCGUUCGCAGUUACUAAGCAUAAGGACCACAUAAGAAUUCCCACUUAUAGAUUUUCUACGUCGUCCCUGAAAUUUAAUCCUAGACUGACAUUGAGAGCUGCUCCAGUGGAAGUCCCAAUGAAAUCAAUCAUGUCUCAGAGUGAAUUGUUAGAAAUUCUUGUCACUGACAACGAUCCAGAUAGGCUUCUUCAAAACAUUCAGUCUAACAUGGAUCUUGUUGAAGGGCAACAUAUUGUUACAGCCCUGAAAAGCAUGCAGCAAUUCUACAAGGAAAAUAGACAUAUUACUUUUGAAGAAGUUAAAAAAAGUAUUCACUUCAACAAAAUGCUGAUGAUUUUAGAAAAGAAUAUGACUAGGUUGAGUUUACCUCAAGUUGUGCAAACUUUUAGAGUACUGCAAUUCUUCAAAGUUCAAAGCAAUUCUAACAUAUUUCAAUCAAUUCUACAACUAAUAAGAAAUUCCAUUAAUGAAUUGGAAUUAAAUCACAUUUAUUCUUUAAAUAAUAGAUUAAAAACUAUGAAUCCAACUUUUUUAAGUGAAGCAAUAAGAACUGCUUUGCCAGAAGUUUUCAAAGCUCAGGUUAUGCUAAAAGUAGACAGAGAUCAUGUUAAUGAAUUAAAAAGUGCACUUUGGUACAUGACUGAGGAAAAAAUACAAAAUGAACAAAUUUUAAAUUACAUUUUUGAUGGUCUCGAAAAGCAUAAAACAAAUUUAAAUCCAAUUGCAGCCAAACAUAUUUAUUUAUCCAUGUGCUCUUUGGAACCAAUAUCACCUAAACACAUGGAUAUUGUUAUUGCUGCUCAAAAUUUAAUUUUGGAUAACUGUGAAAUGUUUAAAACACAUGAAAAAGUGUGUAUUGUAAUUGAAACAUUGAAAAUGGUUGCAUCUGGAAAAGAAGAAUUUUAUAAUCCAAUACUCAUAGAUAAUUUAUUGAAGCAUUGCAUUCAAGAAGAUUUGGAUUAUAAACCAGCGAUGUACAUUUUAAAUUCUUUGAAUAAGCUGCACCAUAUUAAUCAACAUUUAUUAGAAUAUUUAUCACAUAUUUGUUGUGAGAAUCCACCAUUACUCAAUACACAUCCACUGAAUGUUUCAACUCUCCUGCAUGGUUUAUCUAAUGCUAAUUAUAAACCAUCUUCAUGGAAAAAAUUGCAAAAAGUUUCAUUAGAACAUAUCUAUCUGUUACCAAAUGAUGUGACUUUAGCUUACUGUGCUCUGCACUUGUUGGCACUAGAUUGUUUUGACUCAAAAUUAAUCAGUCAUAUUUUUGCUAUACAUCAAAUUCCUAGAUUUUUAUCUCCAACAUAUCACAAAACACUUGCUACUCUUUACCAAAGCGUAAAGACUUUGUAUCCUGAAUAUACAGGUCCAUGGCCAGAAAAUAAAUUAAUUGAUUCAUUCAAGACAAUAUUUUCUUCUAACGAAACAAAGCAGAAUUUACUACUACCAUUACUUCAACACAUCGUGGGAACACCAAAUUGUAUAAAAAACAAUGUAAAGACUGAAUUAGGGCAUAACAUAGAUCACCUUGUGAUUUUACAAAAUGACAAGCCUAUUGCCAUAAAUUCCACAUCUACAGAUUCAGGAGAAUCUCCAAGGAUACAAGAUCUGAUAAUUCCAGAAGACUGUACCAGGGUCGCAAUUAUGAUUCAGCCGACUGAGUUAUUUGGACGAAAUAUUAAAGUCUUACGAGCGUCUGUUUUGCUGAGUCUUCGAUCAUUGGAAGCUAUGUCCUACAAAGUGGUCAAAGUAUCCGAAGAAUUGUGGCAGUCAAUGCCAGAGUAUGAGAGAAUACCAUAUUUAAAAACAGAAAUAGGGUUGAAAUAAGUUGAUUGAAUUGGUUCUGUAUAGUGGUGGAGUAUCAUCCUAAGACAGUAACUCCAAUUUUCAAAUACAUCUUGUAAAUAAUUAAUGGAAAAACUGAAA